AUGGAGGAUGACAGGGAACUUUCAGCUAUUCUCGACAUGUGCCUGGAGAUGGAAGAGGAGCGGAGCUUGGUGCCACCCGCAGCACUCCACGUAGCACAGACCGGAUUCGCAGAAAGACAAGGCAUGCAUAUCAGACCCCAGUAUCAGCAUAGCGUGCAGGCAGCCCAGGCAGCAGGGCCUUUGCUCAACGAAGCAGUUUUUCAACCCCACCUCCCUCCAUACAGUCAACUCCACCAGGGCACUGGAGCGGGGAUUGCACAGGGCCAACAGGGAUGGCGUAGUGCUUCCAUGGAGGUGUUUAGUGGGCCAUAUAUUGGAAAUCCUCAAAUGAAUUCGCUGGGCACCUCAUAUUUCCCACCCGCUAGUAAUUAUCCAUAUUUCAGCGGGAUUGGCAGCUCUGCAGCUCCUUUAGCGGAAGGCGCAUUGCCAAAUUGGGGCCUUGGGGGGCCGUGGCCUCCAGAAGCGCCUUGCGCGCCUUCUGUUGUAAGUCACGGCGAGUCGGGCAGCACGUUUCAUCCAGCAUUUGCUAGUGGACCACCGUGUUCAUUAGCUGUUGAAGGUCUUCCGGCGCAUCAGGAGACCCGUUCCCAUCCACAUGACCAUAGCGGUCCCACCUCCACCGAUGGGACUUCUCAGAGAGAUACUGCGUCACUAAAGAAGCCUCAGAAAAGGCGUUCUGCCGCAAUUCUAAGCCAGCUGGUAAUUCCCGGAAAGAGGCGGAGGGGACAGCGCGUUAAGAAUAAACAACUUUACAGUGGCGUUACACCUGAGGGCCCCAUUGAGUUUGUAGCUUUCGCCCCAUCUGAAGCACAGGGCAGUGCAGCCACAAUCAGUAAGAUUCAGGCUUCCUCUGGCUUCUUGGGCGAACCAAGUUGGUCAAGCACGGAGGCAUCCUCAGGAGAAUCGGAAAAUAUUGUGCCAAGUACGGCGCAAACUACAGACGCUCCUUGUAGCGAAUCACGAUCUCAGCUUACAGAAUCCGUCCCCGUCUCCGGUUCUUCCGAUGCCUAUCAUCCCUUUUACAAGCUACCGGUAUUGCAGGAGAAUGCUAUAGUGAGGAAGUUUUGCGUGGGGAACGCGUUUGGACACACCAUCUUGCUCGUUCAUCCUUCGUCGGCCUUGAGGUUCAUGCUGACCUCUUUUGCAAAACUGCGUAUUACUGAAAGGGAAGCUAACGGGAUUAUUAUCGAGUCUCAGCGUAUUGUGAAUCACUUGUUUAAUUUCCAUAAAUCAGCUGUCCCGUGGCGGAGCGCUUCCAAAGCUGUUUUGACUCUAGGACUUCGCUACCUGAUGCUGGACUCACUACUCUGUGCAGUUGAUCUUUUGGGGCCGGCAAUGGAUGCGCCACAGUGGUGGCCGAAGCUCAUCAAAUUGAUUCCAACAAAAAUCGCUAUUGCGGAUUUACGACUGCAGCUUAAUCGCAGCAAAUACUACGCACUACUUGCAGAACGGCUCAGCGCCGCUUCAGAAUCGAUAAAGAAUGGCCAAAGACCUGGAGCAAAGGAAACAGUUGCGCUAAAACGGGACCUCUUUUGCACGGAAAUGUCACUUCCACUGUUUAAGAAGCCCCAGUGGGACAUAUGGCGCUACUAUCACAAGCUCUCCUGCGGAGAUGCACCAGAACACGCUUGCGGCUGA